GUUGGGUCGUGUCGGCUGGCUGGAGUACAUAAGUGUGCAUCGUGGAGGCGGUUAGUCAGUCACAGUCAGUGAGAACAAAGAAGAGAAUGGGGCUAUUGACGGAGGGUAGUCCACUCAGUUGGGAAGAGACGAAAAAACUCUCAGACCAUGUGAGAAAACAUGGAGUGAUACAAUUUAUAAAUUUGUAUAAAAGACUCAGAGACAGGCAGGGAGAUGUGCUUAAGUGGGGCGAUGAGGUUGAAUACAUUUUGGUAAAGUUCGAUGACGAGAAGAAAACGGCCAAAGUAAGCCUCCGGGCCGCGGAAAUUCUAACUGCGCUUAAUGAAAAAGAACAGAAAGAUCCCAAUGGAGUCAAGUCUCUGUGGAGGCCAGAAUAUGGAGCAUACAUGAUCGAGGGAACACCAGGAAAACCGUAUGGCGGUUUGUUAGCACACUUCAAUGUUGUAGAAGCAAAUAUGCGAUAUCGAAGACAAGAGGUUACGAAUGAAUUAAAGCCGGGUGAAGUCGUAAUGUCAGUAACGAGUUUUCCCAGAUUGGGCUGUCCAGAUUCCACUGAUCCCCCCGCAAAGCCAACUCCUGACUCUGGAGCUUCGAGAAGCCUAUUUUUCCCAGACGAGGCGAUAUUCCCAGGUCAUCCUAGAUUCAAAACAUUAACCAGGAAUAUACGGCAACGCAGGGGUGAAAAAGUUGCGAUAAACCUCCCUAUUUUCAGAGAUGAGAAUGUAGCCGAGCCCUUCAGAGAGGAUCUGAAAGCAUUGGGCGAUGAUGGCAGCAGCGAGAGUGCAGCCAAAGAUAAUCAUAUUUAUAUGGAUGCGAUGGGAUUUGGCAUGGGCUGCUGUUGUCUGCAGCUCACAUUCCAGGCUUGCAAUAUCGAGGAAGCGCGGACACUCUAUGAUCAGCUCGCGCCACUUUGUCCAAUCAUGUUGGCACUCACCGCAGCCAGCCCAAUACAUCGCGGAUAUUUGACGGACGUUGAUUGCCGAUGGAAUAUUAUUUCCUGUUCCGUUGAUUGUAGAACCCAGGAAGAGCGCGGAUUGAAGCCUCUGAAGGAGAACAAAUUCCGGAUCACUAAAUCACGUUAUGAUUCCAUUGAUUCCUAUUUGAGUACUCAAGGGGACAAGUACAAUGAUGUACCAUUGACGUACGAUGAUGAUAUCUACAAUCAGUUGUUGGAGAAUGGUAUCGAUCGACUUCUGGCACAGCACGUGGCGCAUCUUUUCAUUAGAGAUUCUGUGUCACUUUUCUCCGAGAAAGUUCAUCAGAACGAUGAAGAAGACACUGAUCAUUUUGAAAAUAUCCAAUCGACGAAUUGGCAGACAAUGAGAUUCAAGCCUCCACCGCCCAACUCGCCAAUUGGCUGGCGAGUUGAAUUUCGUCCCUGUGAAGUUCAAAUAACAGACUUUGAGAAUGCGGCAAUUGUCUGUUUUGUCGUGCUUCUGUCCAGGGUCAUACUCAGUUAUAAUUUGAACCUAUUAAUUCCAAUUAGCAAAGUCGACGAGAAUAUGGCUAAAGCGCAGAGACGCGAUGCCGUUAGAACUGAGAAAUUUUGGUUCAGAAAAGACAUCAUGUCUGAAGUCAAGGACGAUCAGAAGUUGGAAGACGAAUAUGCUGAGUUUACUAUCAACGAAAUUAUCAAUGGCAAGGAAGGAGUAUUCGUGGGCCUCAUUCCGCUGGUAAAUUCAUAUCUUGCAAGUAUGAAUGUCGAUGCUGAUACGCAUUGUACAGUUCAACGAUAUUUGAAGCUCAUACAGAGAAGAGCUUCUGGUGAACUCUUAACCACUGCGGCUUGGCUGAGGAAACAAGUGGAAUCCCAUCCAGAAUAUAAGAAAGAUGCAGUGGUGUCUCCCCGCAUCAACUAUGACCUACUAAAAAGGGUUUACGAAAUCCAAACAAAUGAAAAACCGUGCCCCGAAUUACUAGGACCAUGCACAAAGUCGAGAACAACAGAGAAAAUACCAGCUGCUAUUGCAAAAGCUGAGAAAUGUUGACCGAGGAUUAAAUCAGUUAUUAAAUUAAUGUUGUUCAAUAGAUUUAAAGGAUAAAAUGUGUUUUCUGUGAUUGCAUUUAGUGAAAAUAAUUAUUGUUUCCAUGUGUACUACUACACAUAUGAUAUUAAUCAAUAUAAAAACAUUUUUAUGUGCAAACACUAUUUAUAUUAUGAUUGGCUAGAUUAAAGUAUCAAAAAAUUUUCAUUUA